AGCACACAUUCAACUAUAACCAAAAGACAUGGCGUCCGUCACUUUAGGACAGCAUCUCGCGCAACACAUACGCGACCCGGAUCAGCAACUCCUUCACAAACUCAAGUCGGGUGACAGAAAGAAAUUCGCGCGUAAAUGGUCGCUGGAGAAAAUAAAGCGGAGCAGAGCGAGUGAUGUGGACAGCGCGAGAGCCGCAGUCUCAGCAUCGCUCAUGUUAUUCAAUCACGAGCCGCCUUCAGCAUCUCACAACCGAGACUGUAGCUCCGGCUGGCCACGUAGUGCCAUGGACGGAUCACCCGCGGACAUGGACAGAGAAAACGCCAACAAUAAUAACGGAAUAUUUCGCAGGCACAGCGCCGGGAGCCGGAGGAGCUCGGGGAAGAGUCACGCGUCUUCAUCACCGCAAGAAGUUCGCAAUUCCUCGCCGCGGUCAAACUUCAGCUGCCCGCCGCCAGACGACCUGGAGGGACUGCCGAUCGACAGACUGACGCGAGGGAAAUCAGGAGUGGUGAAGAUGCGAAAUGAGCCUCUCAGGAGGGAGGCAUGGUCCAUCUUCAAUCAGAGAGACCCGAGGGUGAAGGCUGAGAGAGGAGAGGGCCACAGCUUCACCUCCACACCGCUGAGUCAGGACUGGUGCGACGCCUGCAGCCGCCAGAUCAACAGCGCUGCGCUCAAGUGCCAGAACUGCAGCUACACAUGUCAUCUGGAGUGUCAGGGGCUUGUUCAGCUGGACUGCAACCAACUUGAGCAGCGGACCGAGGACGAGUCUGACCCCAAUCCACGGCGGCCCGGCGCCAGAGACCCUCAGGAGACCAAUGUCACAAAAGAGGAAGAGGAAGACAAGCCUAUAUCCCUUACAGAAGAAGAGAUUAAAGCAAAAAUAGACGACUACAACUCCAAAGUGACGGAGAAUGGAAUGAAAUUAAGCCCAGAUGGCACGUACACUGGUUUCAUCAAGGUUCAUUUGAAGUUGCGCAGGCCCGUGACUGUACUUUCUGUGGACGGGAAGUUACCAGGUCCGUGUUCCUCAUCUGAUGGUUCGGAUAACCGCACGUCCUUCUACCUGCCCUCCGAUACCGUCAAACAGCUCCACAUCAGCAGCACCACCACGGUCAGAGAGGUCAUCCAGGGCCUGCUGAAGAAGUUCAUGGUACAGGACAAUCCACGCAAGUUCGCUCUCUGCCGCCUGACCCGUCGGGACAGCCAGGAUCUAUUCCAGAAGUUGCCCUUAUCAGACUGCCCGCUCUGCUUAAGACUGUUAGCCGGUCCAGAUCUAGACAAUCUGAGUUUUGUACUCAAGGAAAAUGAGACUGGAGAGGUGGAGUGGCACGCGUUCUCAGUACCAGAGCUUCAGAACUUUCUGAUCAUCCUGGAGAAGGAGGAGAAGGAGCGCAUGCGGCAGGUGGAGCAGCGCUACUCUACUUACAGAGAGAAACUCCUACAGGCUCUGGGUGAAGUGGAGAGCAAGCCAGGCUAAUUGAACACAACCAAACUGAGCCAACAGACGCCCAGCAGACCAACUCACAACACCUCCACUCAGGACUUUAUCCAGCACGACUCAGUGACCUUUAACCCCCAAAGACGGGGGAAGCGAUGGAGACGUGAACAAGACUAAGAAGAGGAGGUUGGAGCUAAAGAAGACUUCCUUCUCUCCGGGAAAACAUGGCACACUGUUGAAAGCCCAGACGUUUGUUUCUGGUAGUCAAGCUUUUUGAUAUGCCAUUGGGUUUCGUUUAGUUGUUUUUACUUUCAAUUCCGUCCAUUUGUGUUUUCUUUUUAUUAUAUGCUGCUGCUAUUGCUGCUACUGCAAGUGUUACUUAAAGCAUGACUUCCCCUUGGGUCUCUCAGCUUGUGUCUAUACUGCAUGUCCUCUAUCAGGGAAUAUGAAUGAAAGAGCGCUGGGGAAAAAAAGCACUUCCGAUCCAGAAAGGAAGUGGACAGACUUACUGUAUAGAAAAUAUGACGCCUGUGAGAUAUCAGAGGACAAAUAACCGUAUCCAAAUAUCAAAUUACACACUUCAUAACUGAUUAAUAACAUGCUACUGUAAAAACAAAAAGAUUCUUCUAUUUAAACUGGAGGUUGUCUUAAUAUAGCUAUAAAUGUACUGUAUUGCUGAUAAUGUUUCACCAGACUGUUCGAUAUUUCACCCCACAAUCUCCAUUUAAAGGAUCAAAAUAGAUUGUAUCUUGCUAUUUUGGCCUUUUUUUCGCUGAGAUUUUAAAUAUAAACCCAAAACUGUAAGAUAUAACUCUUGGUCUUUCUGAUAUUAUCCUUUGUUUUUAUAAGAUAUCAUAUUUCCCACCCUUUCCAUUAGAGUUAUGGAUAAUUUAAUGGAGAUUCUGAUUUAAUUUCUUGUCAUUUUGAGUUUAUAUCUCACCAUUUUCAUUCUUCUCUCAGAUUUUCUAGUUUAUUUGUCACAAUUGAAAGUUUAUAGGCUUUAUAUAAAUCUUGGUUUCUCUAGUUUAACCUAAAAUUGUGAGAGAAGAACUCAAAAUGUUCUGAGAUAUCCUCAGAAUAACUUGAUGUUAACAUUAAAUUUGUGAAAAACAACCCAGAAUUAGAAUUUUUCUCCUCACAGUUCAGUUUAAUUAUCAAAAUGGUGCACAUCUCUAAAAAGAAGGCCCAGCAUAUGCUCACCAUAUCUACCAGCAAACAAUAUUGUGUUUAAUAGACAUCUAAACAUAGACAGCUUGGCUAAAACAAGGCUAAACUUGGGCUGUCAGUGAAAAUCUAAUAGACAUCUAAGAAUAGACCAAAACUAGACUAGUUGUCAAACAGACUUUAUUUGUGUGGUCAUUCAUUUCUGUUUAUAUGAUGACUAUUCUUAGAUGUCUAUUAGAUUUUCUCUGACAGCCCAAAUUUAGCCUUGUUUUAGCCAAGACGACUAUGUUUAGACAUCUAUUAGACACCUUUAAAAACAACAACAAAAAUGCUUGUGGGGUAUAAAGAGCUCAUGUGAAAUGACUCUCGUGGACACAGCUAGCCCCAUCGCUCAUUCAGUUGUCCCAUGAAAACUUGUGUAAACCCUCGCCAUUUACCGAUCAGCUGUCUCUCAGGCUUUUUGAGGAUUGUGGGUUGUGUUUAUCCGGUGAGCUUUUCUCAGUCGCUUUAGCUUGUAGCACGUAAUACACAAGGUCAUGUUUGAUUAGGACGAGCUCAGCUGAACCAAACCAUGAGGAUUUCAGUCUGUGUUACACCAAAGGAAAACAAAAGGUUCGCUAUAUUGUGAUUAUGACUUAAAGCUUUUGCAAGGCAGUGCAGAGAUUAUCAUAGGGAGGCUUGUUUUCUGACACAGAGUAAAAACAAAUAGUGAAUUUUUAAAUAGGUUUUAUCUGAACUUCUCAGAAUUACAGUGACACGCAUCCAUCAGAGAUAUUGGGCAGCUGAAAAUGCCAGAGCUCUUCUAAAAACACGGUAUUUAUUUUGGAAGCUUGUUUUCUGACACAAAGUAAAAAACAAAAAACAAAAAAUUGUUAAUUUGUGAAUUGUUUCUAUCUGAACUUUUCAGAUGGCGGUUCAUUCCGCUGUGGCGACCCCUGAUUAAUAAAGGGACUAAGCCGAAAAGAAAAUGGAUGAAUGAAUGAAUGAAUGAAUGAAUGAAUGAAUGAAUGAAUGAACUUCUCAGAAUUGCAGAUUUGUGAGCUACAACGACACGUAUCCAUCAAAGAGUUACUGUGCAGCUGAAAAUGCCAGAGCUCUUCUAAAAACGCUCAGCUGUGAGAGCUUUUCCAUCUCGGAGCAUUUAAAAACACUGCUUUUCCAUUGACAACAAAUGAAAAGUUACACUCGGCUUGUGAAAAACUGCUUUGGUGGAUUGAGGCCCAUUGAAAAACAUUAUGCCUGCAAAUUGUUGUAAACAGUUUAUAUGUGUUGAAUUUAAACAAACAAAUUAAAUUUAGCUAUGCUCAACUUAAUUUGUCUGUUUAAAUUCAGCCCAAAUAAAUUGUUUACAACCACUUAAGUUAAAAACUGUACACUGAAAAAUUAUUCAAAGAUGAUUACUUGGAUUUACUAAAUUUUUUAACGUUAAGUGGUUGUAAACAAUUUAUUUGGGCUGAAUUUAAACAAACAAAUUAAGUUGAACAUUGCUCAAUUUAAUAUGUUUGUUUAAAUUCAACACAAAUAAAUUGUUUGCAACAGUUUUGCAUGCAACACUUUUUUGCAAGGAAUCAUAUUUGAAUAAUUUUUUUCAGGGUAGCUGCUGAAUAAAAAGAAUAAAAAUUGUAAUUGCGACUUUUUAAUCUCACAAUUGUAGAAUUUCUAGCAUUUUCUUGCAAUUGUAAACCGCAGAAUGCAAAUUUGCAUCUUACAGUACAAGAUUUCAGUGCAACGUGAUUCAAACUCAAUUUCCUCACAGUUGUGAGAUAUAAAGACAAAAUUCUAAGGUAAAAAACUCAACACUUAAUUUUUUAAGGUAAAAAAAUUGUGUGAUGUAAACUCAAAAUUGUGGAAUAUAAACUUGGAAUUGCAAAAUCUAAACUCAAAAUUUCAAAUGAUAUACUCAGACUUGUGAAAUGUUACCUAGAAUUCUGACAUCUUUGCAAUUGUGAGAGAAAAGUUGCAAUUACCUUUAUUUAUAUAAACAUAUAACUUGUGGUGGAAAUGGGCUUUCAUAUCUCCAUGCUAAUAUAGAAUGGAGUUUUGCACACCAACACAGGCCACUGAGUGCUCAGUUUUUUUUUUCUUUUUGAUUAUUCAUAAUGUGCAUUCGUUCUUCUGAUUAACUCUGAGGUGCAUGUGAACUGAAUGUGUCUGCGACAGAGGGAAUUCAGUUACAUAUAAAGAGCAUUGAGAAGCACUGAAGUGUUAUUCCGCAGUAAUCUGGAAUAACUGUGAACAUUCAGCUUGAGGUUUUAGGCACUGAUAAAUCAUUUCUCAUCUCCCUUUUAAACACAUUUAAGGCAAGACACUACAGGCAAACCCUGUUGUUGUUGUUGCUGGUCUUUUUAAAUGAGUUUUGUAGGUUAUUUGGUCUUUUCAUAGAGUAUUUUUUAUGUGUAAUGUACAGAAAACACCCUGAAUACACGUUUAUGUGUUUCUUUUCUUGCACUUUAUCAAUUCUGUCUGUAGAUUUGAAUAAUAUAUAUUGCAGCUAUAGUUUCUCCAAAUUAGUCUUUUAUAAAUCUCCAUUUCAGCAGCACUUACACCAAAUUUCACGGUUUUAUUCAUUUCUUUUGAAGGUUUUUAUGGAGGGAUUUGUUCAUACCUAACGUGUCUGUUCAAAUAAAAAAUGUUAUUCUGCAAAUAAAGUUUUCUUUUACGUCUCUUCGCAGUAUUUUAUGAAUUAUGAAGUGAUAAAAGGUGAUUUCCAAAACCCCUCUGUAAAAACCACAUCAAAUAUCUAAAUAUAAAGUAAUACUUUAAUGAAAUAAUGCCUCAUUUGUAUAUUUAAACAUAAAACUUCUGGUUCAAAACUAUGUAAUACAAAAAAAGUUUACUAUUCUUAAUCAAUCUCUAAACAUUUUUUUCUCUCUGUUGUCCUGCAGUGUCUUGCCUUAAGCCCCAAUCUAUAAAACAACUUCCCUGAAUUUCAAUAAAUCAGCAAGCAGUUUCUGGAACAUGUAUGUUUGUAGAUAUGGCACUUUAGAGUGAGUCAUGAAUCUCCAUAUGGAUCAGUCUGCCUGUUUAGCUCUUAAAUAGGCAGACAUUCACUCUUCAGCGAGCGGCAGGGGUCUCUUAUGUUCUAUUCCUGCUGCCAGUGCCUUUAGUCUCCGUGUAGCUUCUUUUGACUGUGUACUGUACAUAUAUAUGCUCUAUAUGUCUGGCCCUAUAAACACACACGCUCAGUGGCAGUAGCCUGGUGCUUUCAAUGUCAGAGCCAUUGAGUCUGUGUGGGACUUUUUUGGGACUAGUGUUUAAAAUGAUGGUGUGUGUGUGUGUGUGUGUGCGCGUUUGUUUAAUUUAUUUUUUUGGUUCAAUUUAAAGUGUGAACUUGAAUAUGUGGACAAAUCAGUACUAUCAGGCAAUCUUUUUUUUCAGAGUAUCAAAUGUUUAAAAUGUCUAUAAAGCUGUAAAUAUGAAGAAUGAAAUAAAAGGUUAUCCUUUCA